GCAGUGAGUACACAACCAAACUGUAAAAGUUUUUGCAAGCCAAGAAUCUGGAAUAACAAACAUUCCCACCACCUACCACCUCUUCAUUAAUAUUCAUUUCAUAUAUAUAUACAUACAUACACACAUCCUCAACCAAGAAGAAACCCUUAUUCUUCCUCUAUCUUUCUAGCUAGUAUGGGGGUGAAGAACAUGAUGGCAUGUGUCAAGAAUUCAAACAAAAACUGUGGUGGAGAAGAAGCCGAGAAGAAGAAGAUCAAUGGGACAGUGGUUUUAAUGAAGAAGAACUUUCUUGAUCUCAAUGAUUUCGGUUCAUCCAUUCUUGAUCGCCUUUACGAGAUCUUCGGAAAACGAGUUUCAAUCCAGCUUAUCAGUUCCACUCAUCGUGACCCAUGCAAUGGAUCGAAGGGGAAGAUUGGAAAAGCAGCGAGACUUGAAGAUUGGGUGACGAAGAGGACAGCCAUGGCAGCUGGAGAAGUUUCUUUCUCGGUGACAUUCGAUUGGGAAGAAUCCAUGGGAGCUCCAGGAGGUUUGAUGGUAAAGAACCAUCACCACAGUCAGUUCUACCUCAAGACCGUCACUUUGGAACAUGUUCCCGGCCAUGGGACCCUCCAUUUUGUUUGUAAUUCAUGGGUGUACCCUGUGCGUCGUUACAAGGACCCUCGCAUCUUCUUCGCCAACAAGGCUUAUUUACCUUGUUCAACACCCGAGCCACUGCAGCACUAUAGAGAACAAGAGCUUGUGAAUCUCAGAGGAACCGGUUCAGGAAAGCUUAAGGAAUGGGACAGGGUUUAUGACUACGCUUUCUAUAAUGAUUUGGGCCUCCCUGACAAGGGGCCCAAAUAUGCACGACCCGUUCUUGGUGGAUCUCAGGAAUACCCGUAUCCACGAAGAGGAAGAACGGGUCGUGGACCAACCAAAACAGAUCCAAAAAGUGAAAAACGACUUUUUCUUCUCAGCCUGAAUAUCUAUGUGCCCCGUGAUGAACGGUUUAAUCAUAUAAAGUUCUCAGAUUUCUUAGGCUAUGCAGCGAAAUCCAUAGGACAAGUGGUUCGACCUGAACUUAAAGCAAUAUUUGAUAGAACUCCGAAUGAGUUUGAUUCUUUUAAAGAUGUACUAGAUCUAUACGGAGAUGGGGUCAAGCUCCCGAAACAAUCCGUAAGCAAGAUCAAGAAUCGAAUUCCAUUGGAGUUGGUGAAAGAACUGUUACGUUCGGAUGGCGAGAAGCCACUUACAUUCCCAAUGCCAGAUGUAAUCAAAGAUGACAAGUCUGCAUGGAGAGAAGAUGAAGAAUUUGGAAGAGAAAUGCUCGCGGGAGUAAACCCUGUGGUCAUCCGCCGACUUCAGGAUUUCCCACCAGCAAGCAAGCUAGAUCCAAAAGAAUAUGGCAACCAAACAAGCACCAUCACAAAGGAACAUCUUGAACCCAACAUGAAUGGACUAAAUGUACAACAAGCUUUGGAAGAAAAUAAGUUGUUUAUCUUGGAUCAUCAUGAUGCACUGAUGCCAUACCUGACUAGAAUCAACUCUACGGCAUCAAAAAUAUACGCGACUCGAACCAUUCUCUUGCUCCAAGAUGACGGCACACUGAAGCCACUAGCGAUCGAGUUAAGCUUGCCGAAGUCAGAGAAAGACAACCAUGGCUGCAUCAGUGAUGUCUUUACUCCUUCGGCAGAGGGAGUCUGUGGCACAAUAUGGCAGUUGGCCAAGGCAUAUGUAGCGGUCAACGAUUCCGGAUAUCAUCAACUUAUUAGCCACUGGUUGAACACACAUGCGGUAAUAGAACCAUUUAUAAUCGCCACGAAUAGACAGUUAAGCGUGAUGCAUCCGAUUAACAAGCUUCUGCAGCCACAUUUCCGUGAUACGAUGAACAUAAACGCACUGGCUCGACAAAUACUCAUCAACGCCGGUGGUAUACUUGAAAUGACGGUUUUUCCAGCGAAAUACGCCAUGGAACUGUCCUCCGUUGUUUAUAAGAACUGGGUCUUCACCGAGCAGGCGCUACCCGCUGAUCUACUCAAGAGAGGUGUAGCUGUCGAGGAUCCAACCCAACCCCAUGGGCUACGAUUGCUGAUAGAAGAUUACCCAUUUGCGGUCGAUGGACUCGAAAUAUGGUCAGCGAUCCAAAUGUGGUGUACCGAAUAUUGUUCUAUAUAUUACCUUUCAGACGACAUGGUUAAAGCUGACGCCGAACUCCAGAAAUGGUGGACGGAACUACGAACGGAGGGCCAUGGUGACAAGAAAGACGAGCCAUGGUGGCCGCAAAUGCAGACACGAUCGGAGCUUAUCCACACAUGCACCAUCAUUAUAUGGGUGGCUUCAGCUCUCCAUGCAGCAGUCAACUUCGGGCAGUACCCUUAUGCCGGCUACCUCCCAAACCGGCCGACCGUGAGCCGGCGGUUCAUGCCGAAGCGGGAUUCUGCGGAGUACGCAGAACUUGAAUCGGACCCAGAAAGGGGCUUCUUGAAAACCAUCACGAGCCAGCUUCAAACACUGCUUGGAGUUUCUCUGAUUGAGAUUUUAUCGAGGCACUCAACGGAUGAGAUUUAUCUCGGACAAAGCGAGUCUCCAUAUUGGACGUCAGACAAUAGUGCAUUAGAGGCAUUCAAGAGGUUCGGGACGAAACUGGUUGAGAUCGAAAAGAGUAUAGCGACAAGGAACGACGAUAAGGGAUUGAAGAACAGAUUGGGACCGGUGAAGGUUUCGUACACGUUGCUGUAUCCGAACACCUCGGAUUACACUCGUGAAGGGGGACUCACGGGCAAGGGGAUUCCUAAUAGCAUUUCUAUUUGAAAUGUUUCGAUUCCAGACACAUCAUCGUUUUGUUUAACAGAAAUAAUAAAAAGAGAUGAUAGUGUGCAUGUGUAAAUUGUAUUUGUGUUGUAGAUGGAAUUAGUGUAAGGCGAUUGAAGUAAAAUAGAAAUAAGAUCGCCUGCUUAAAUUCGUGUUCUUGGAAGAUGUUUGGUUAAUUUUAGU